GCACCUUGUUCGUGAGCGGCCUGCCGAUGGACGCCAAGCCGAGGGAGCUGUACCUGCUCUUCAGAGCGUACGAGGGGUACGAGGGGUCCCUGCUGAAAGUCACGAGUAAAAAUGGGAAAACAGCGUCGCCGGUGGGGUUCGUGACUUUUCACACGAGGGCCGGCGCGGAAGCGGCGAAACAGGACCUUCAGCAGGGGGUUAGAUUCGAUCCUGAUAUGCCACAAACCAUACGUUUGGAAUUUGCAAAAAGUAACACAAAGGUUAGCAAACCCAAGCAACCAGCCGCUGCAGCAGCCACCUCGCACCCUGCUCUGAUGCACCCUCUAACUGGACAUCUAGGGAACCCAUUCUUCCCUGGUGGUCCUGAAUUGUGGCACCAUCCACUGGCGUACUCAACGGCUGGAGAAUUGCCGGGCGCACUGCAACAUGCGACGCUGGUCCAUCCGGCGUUACAUCCUCAGGUCCCCGCGCCCAUGUCUCUACCGCAUCCGACGACGCUGACGUCGAUACACGCGUCGCUGCCCCAUUUCUUACCCUCGCCGGCACUGGCAUCGCCGGUGGGCUCGCCCUCGUCACAGCCGAACAUAGCCGUCAGCAAUGCACCGUGUUCCACCCUCUUUGUGGCGAACCUGGGCCAGUUCGUUUCUGAGCACGAACUCAAGGACAUCUUUGGCAGUUUUCCUGGUUUCUCCCGGCUUCGUAUGCACACGGGGGGAGGGUCGCCGGUGGCCUUUGUCGAAUACCAAGACGUUCGCUACGCGGCCCAGGCGAUGGCCACUCUCCAAGGAUCCUUACUCCUCUCCUCCGACCGGGGAGCGAUACGAAUCGAAUAUGCAAAGUCAAAAAUGGCCGAGGUGGGCUUUACAAAUCUCUGGAUCGAAGAAUUAAAACAUUUACGAAACGCCAUCAUCCCAGCUGGCAUCAUUAAGGGUUUAACAAUAAGACGCACUGAUACUCAUCUUAGACCCCUAAUGAUGGCAGCUGCGAUGAUGGCGUUUCAUCGGGAUAUAAUUCCUAGGGGACACGGCUUAUACCCGAAAGCCUCGAUUCAGUUAUUACUGCCACUCGUCGGUUCUAAAAGAAACGCAGAUGCGAAAAAUGAUAGUUAUAGAACCAAUAUAGAACCGAUAUUCCAAUAUGGCCCAUAUGGCUGCAAUAUAGCUCAGAACCAAUGCACCUAA